AUGACAAGUAAACUGGAACAAGAUGCGGGACACACGGGGACCAGUGAAAUGGACUUUUUCAUCAAAGGAAACGUCUCGGUGGAGAAGACAAAACAGGAGAAACCGGUCGAUUGGUUACCGGAUUCGUGUUGGCAAGAUCUGGUCAAAUUGGUCGAACUAUUUCCUCAACCGUUUGAGACGUUGGCUCGUGAUAUACGGGAACAUCAAGACACAUGGAAAACAUGGUACAAUCGAGAAACUCCAGAGAGCAGUUCACUGCCCGGAAAGUACGAGAAUGUGGUGUCGGAUUUUCAACGACUCUGUCUGUUGCGUUGUUUUCGAGUUGAUCGGGUGUACCAGGCGAUUACUCUCUAUGUGAUCAAAAUCAUGAGCGAAACAUUUGUUACUCCACCCAUUCUGAGUUUCACAACGAUAUAUGAACAAAGCACCCCGGUCUCCCCGAUUGUGUUUAUUCUCAGUCCGGGCUCGGAUCCUACUGGGGAUUUGGUGAAGUUUGCCGAGCGACAAAAUAUGGAUCCCACACAUAUCAAAUUUCUUUCUAUGGGUCAGGGGCAGGAGAAGAAUGCCCAAAGUCUGUUGGAACUCUCAGUCGCACGGGGCUACUGGUUGAUGCUACAAAACUGUCACCUGCUGGUGAAGUGGUUACACGUGUUGGAGAAAUAUUUGGAGAGUCUGUCCAAACCGCAUCCGGAUUUUCGACUGUGGUUAACCACAGAACCAUGCGGUGCCUUCCCUAUCGGUGUGCUUCAACGUUCCCUCAAAGUGGUCACCGAACCACCAAACGGAUUGCGUCAGAAUUUGCGUUCAACCUAUCACAAGAUACCACCGUCCGCGAUGAACGAUUGUGCACAUCCGGCUUUCCCCGCGCUCGUCUAUGUGCUAGCCUUUUUCCAUGCCGUGGUUCAAGAACGGAGAAAGUAUGGAAAGAUCGGUUGGAAUAUCCCGUACGAUUUCAAUGAAUCUGAUUUUCGAGUGUGUAAAAGCAUUCUGGCCACGUAUUUGCAAAAAGCACAUGAAGAAGGGGAGACAAAAAUACCGUGGGAUAGUUUGAAAUAUCUGAUUGGUGAGGUGAUGUACGGUGGUCGAGCAAUUGACGAUUUCGAUCGACGCAUUCUGAAGACGUAUAUGGAUGAAUAUUUUGGCGAUUUCAUAUUUGACACAUUCCAGCCGUUUCAUUUCUAUAAAAACGAGACUGUGGACUAUCUAAUCCCGGAGGGGAUGCAACGUGAGGAGUAUAUGAAGUACAUUGAAUCUUUGCCGUUGAACAAUUCACCUGAAGUGUUUGGAUUGCACGCGAAUGCAGAAAUCGGUUACUAUACCAGUGCGGCAAAAGAAAUCUGGUCAAAACUCAUCGAAUUACAGCCACAGACUAGUUCAGAAUCCAGUGCAGCCAGUCGAGAUGAAUUUAUUUCCCAAGUCACAAAAGACAUACUCCAAACGAUCCCUGAACCGUACGACAGAGAGGCUUUACGGAAGAAACUGGGCACCGAGAUAUCUCCGACCACAGUAGUUUUGCUACAGGAAUUGGAACGGAUCAAUUUACUGAUCACACGAAUGCGUAUCUCGUUGCGUACACUAACACGAGCUUUGAACGGUGAAGUCGGUAUGUCCGCUGAGCUGGAUGAUUUGGCCCGGUCGUUGUUAAAUGGUCAACUUCCUCAAAUGUGGCGCCGUCUAGCCCCAGCCACACUGAAAUCCUUGGCCGACUGGAUUAUUCAUUUCCGUGACCGAAUCAAACAGUAUGACAACUGGAUUGAGAAAGGUGAACCAAAUGUGAUUUGGCUAUCUGGACUGCAUAUUCCCGAGUCCUACUUGAUGGCUCUAGUUCAAACCACUUGUCGUCGCAAUAGUUGGCCCUUGGAUCGCAGCACCCUGUUCACUUCGGUUACCUCGUACGAGGAUCCAGCCGAGGUGCAAGAACGUGCACAUCAGGGCUGUUUCGUUAGCGGACUUUAUCUGGAAGGGGCCAGUUGGGAUGUGGCACACGAAUGUCUGGUUCGUCAAUUGCCGAAACAAUUGAUUCAACCACUGCCGGUCUUGCGAAUCACCGCGAUUGAGGCACAUCGUCUCAAGCUGCAAAACACUUUCCGCACCCCGGUCUACGUGACUUCGGAUCGUCGGAAUGCCAUGGGCGUGGGUUUUGUGUUUGAGGCAGAUCUGAAAACAGACACGCAUGCGAGUCAUUGGGUACUGCAAGGUGUCUGUCUCACACUGAACACCGAUUGA